AUGAUACUAUUUAAUAUGAUGUCUUAUUUAGAAAAGUGUAUAACAUGACUACACCAUGUCUACACUAUGUGCCUUGUUCCUAGUGAGCUCCACACCCUCUAACAACAACUUUAAACAGGAGGAGGCACACUACAUGGGCAUUUCACUAUAUCACACCAAAUGGCAUUUGAUACCUUGUAAAUAAAAAUCCAAUUUGGGCUUUUCUAUAAAUUAUACUUCAGCUUCCUUUCUAUUUUGGACAAUUUUAACAACUGAUUAUUAACAACUGGUUAUUUAGUCACUUUGAUAUCAAGACUGUGCUAUUACUUUGUAUUCUCCAAACAAAAAAAGAUUACAGUAAAUAUUGCAUAUUCAAGUAAAUACAUAACUCUCAAACCCAAGCUAAAACACAGGUAGUACUGUUCAAAUUCAACCAGCAGGGUUUAACUGAUCUUCAAGGUUGGCAGAUCAUCAUCUGUCUGCUAGCAGGUGACUGACAGCACAGAUAAGCCUCUUCACAAAUCAUUCUGCAUUAUAUAAUUUGCUGAACAUCUGUAGAGACGCUUACCUCCCUCCCGCCACUGCACUUUGUCCCAGAUAAUCCUUCGUACAAUGCUUCUUAUGCGAAGAUACUCUCCUGUGCACUGGGUAGGUGGCAAUGAAAUCUUACAUUUCAUUUGUUUAAUACUAUACUUUAUAGGUGGGAUUAACAGGAAGGAAAUAUGUCAAUGUUGUAUGUAAUUCGGAUAAUUUUGUCAUAACAACAAAAAAGAUGCGGUCCUGGGUGGAAAGAGGCCCUGAAAACCUCACAGUAAUCUCUGUCAGUGUCUUUAUGUCAUCUCUCUUUUCCAGUUUGGUUUUAUGCUGUCACACUACAAAGGUUUUAAUAACAUCAACUGAGCUCCAGACCAGGCAGACAGACCACACAAACAGCUGUGUAUCAUGGCAGUCACAGUCUACAACAUUUCUGCCACCUCAGCUAGAGUGAGCUGGCCGGCAUCGCCCAACUGCCUCGAUACCUUCUACAGUGUAAUGUAUGACCCCAACUGGAACAGCCUGCUCGUGGGCUACAAGCGCAAGAGCUUCAUGCAUGAGGAGCGCAUCCCUGUCAGUCAGACGAGCACACACCUGGCCAACCUCCUCCCUCAGACCACCUACUUCUUGUGCGUGACGUGCCAGGCUGCCAAUCCAGUCCGGGACCAGUGCCAAGUCUUUAGCACUCUGAGUGAGAGCAGUGAAGGUCAUGACAGAGGUGGGUGGGAGCUCGCCAUGGGUGUCUGGCUGACCUGCUGCAUCUUGCUCCUGGUCAUCACCGGCAUCCUGCUGUGGGGGUGUCUCCACACCAUGUGCUCCAUCCCCAGCCAGGUUGCAGACUGCUGCCUGCUAGUGACCAACUCAUCUCACCAGGACAUGUCUGUAUCUGGAUGUUUCUACACUCCCAGAAGAGGCAGCCAGGACAGCAAUAAGCAUGGCACCAUCAUGCAACCCCCCCUCCUUUCAGCACAGACCACAGUCCAUAUAACUGACCAGGACCAUGAGCCAAGGACACUUGCUAAGCUGUCUGGCAGCGAGCCAGUAUGAACCAACUGAAGUGAGGUCAUCAUUAUUUCCCAUGACACUUUUCCACUUGUAUUCUACAUGUAGUGCAUGUUUGGCUCCGCCAGGUGGACUCAAGAGAGGUCACAUACAGCCAGUCAAGUCGUGCUAGAAUUCAAUUAAAAAAUUUCUUCCACUCAUGAGUAUGAAAUGAGUACCAUAGUUUUUUUUAGUGGGUGAUGACAAAGAAUA